AUGAUCCUCUCUUCUACUUGGAAAUCCCUUUGGGUUUUCAACUUUAUCCGAGGAAUUUCUUGUGAUCUGUUGGAGAAUUCGUCGAUGGGUUCGGGAAAUCAUGUGGUAGUCGAUGUUAGCUCAGACGAGGAGGAGGAGGUUGAUUCAAGGGUAGACAUCGAGUACUAUAAUUGGCUAAACGAUGUUAUGGAAGCUGGCGAUGAAAAAUCUGACAGUACCGAUGAAGUCGAGGUGCUUUCUGAGGUGAAAGGUGGCAUUGAUUCUAAGUACCGGAAGCCAAAUUCGUCGAUUCGAACUGUGAAGGACGAAGACGACGAUGACGAUGACGACUGUGUCAUUUUGGACGGUGAUCCCGACAAGACGACGAAUACUGCUGCAGCUGAAGAUGAUGAUAAAUUAGCAAAGGAUGAUGAUGACGAUGACGAUGAUGACGUGCUUGUAGUUGGGCAAAAGGGUGAGAUAGCAUGUAGAGAUUUCCCUCAUCCCCGACACUCGUGUGCUAAGUACUCAUUUAAGUCAAUAUCACAUGAGAAAUACUGUGACAUGUGUCACUGCUAUGUGUGCGACAUCCCAGCUCCAUGUCCAUACUGGUGUAUCGGUGACUCAACCAUAGAUCACUGUCAUGCUAAUGACAAAGAGAAGAUAUGGAAGAAUCAACGAGAAUACUUCAGGACCGGAGAUAUGCCUACCAAACCAUCUUCAAUACCAGCUAUGCCCGAUCCAGCUUCUCCGACAGAGACCCGCCAGUUUUCUCAAAGUAUCAUACGGUUGAACACUCUGCCGCGGAACCAGGCUGGGAUCAGGCCUUGCUCAUCAUCAAGAGCCAGGUCUAGAAUCAAGAUCUCACUCAAUCACAAUCAUGGGUUGCAGAAUCGACCGGCGCAGUCACUGAGCAGUGUUCGCAACAACGUCAUCCAAAAGGAUAGAAGUUCUCAAACGCUGAACCUAAGGUCCCGAGUGGCUUCGUCAAAUGGUAACAACACCAAGGUCGGUCUUUAUACCAAUGCCCACCGUAGCUCGACACCGCCAAUAAACCCGAAAAUGUACACUCAGCUCAAUGUUACUGAUUCUUGCGCAGCGGUGACAGGGUCUCAGAGCAAUGUGUACACCAGACAUUCCGGCCAGAACGAAAGUGUCAGUGGAAACUGCGAGUUCGCUGUGCCUGAAACUCCUCUUACAUCUGCAGAUUCGCAAGCGCAUAUGGUUCAACAACAACCGGGAACUAAUGAAAACGUCUUGCAGACUAAACUGUCGGAAUUUGAGAGCUGGCUCAUGGACAGCUCUAACCAAACCGGCUCGGUUAGCCCAUUGCCUGAACCGCUAAGUGAAGACAAUGCUAGUCCGUUGACAUUUGAUUUCGAAACCUUCUUGAAUGAUUGA